AUGGCGGGCGGCGGGGCAGGGAAGUACCACGCCAAGGACUUCGACUGGGAGGAUCUCAGGGAGGAGGUGGAGAAGGACCCGUCCAAGGGCUACCAUGUCGCCGCGCCGUCCUCCAGCGGCUAUCGCGGGGAUCUACUUCCAUCGUCUCUGCCGCACGCCUCCGAGGCCUGGAGGAGCUUCCACAAGCGGCACUCCACCGGAAGGUUCUUCAAGGUCCUUGAUGGCGUUCAUCAAUGCUUGUACUCCGUGCCGUCUGCUAAUGGGUUUCUGAGAGCUUCGACUUUAUUAUCCCCUUUACGCUAUUUUUUUCGGUUUCGGGCCGAGCUUCUGGUUUCCGUUCCUCGAUUAAUUCUGAAUCGGGGGAUCUGAGUCGCAGGAGAGGAGGUAUCUGUUGAAGGAGUUCCCUGAAUUAGCCGCGCAAGGACUUUCCUGCUGCGCUUUGGAAGUGGGUUGUGGGAACGGCAGCACGGCUCUUCCCAUUUUGCGGUUAGUAUUCUCUUGCUCUUAGUAGGACAUAUUUCCGGUUGAUUUCAUUUCUGCCGUUCGCUUUGAGACCGUAUGAACAUGUUCUAUUCAUUCAUAUAGUUAGGAAUCCAGAUGGCCUGCUUGUUAGAGUCAUCUUGUAGUCAUAACUCGUUCACUUGAUUUCAAUACGCCGCUUCCUUCGAGACUAUAAGCAUUAAGGUGUUCAUCCAUAUUUCUGAGAGACCACAUGCAUGCUGGGUAGAAUCGGCCAGAAUUCGUGAUCCUGAAUGCUGUGACAAAUGACUCUGAAAAAAUCAAAGCUCAAACAAAAUCCAAGAAAUAAGCAAUUGAGUCUCGGAUAUCAAAUGUGUGUAUGUGCAAAUAACCACAGCACACUACAGUCGACAGAUGUUACAACACAGCAAAACUAAUGCCAUGUUGUAUUUCCCUUACCAGAGUAAAUAUUUUCAAAGGAGUCAACAGCAGUCACGAUAUGGCAAAACCCAACUGAUUAUAGACUGGAUUGAAAUCACCUCACACUAAAAUCAAAUAGGUGAUAUAAUGUUUGUGGUUCGGAGAAAGAACUAGUACAUUCACACCAAAAACAAACGGAGGCUGAUGUGAAGAAACAGAUGAAGAAGAGUGGUUCUCACGGAUCUCCUCCUUCCAUCUGCUUGGAGACAAAGAUUCAUCUUCUUGAAGGCAAUAGGAAUACCUAAUGAGAAAUAGGGGAAAAGGUUUGCCUCUUUCUCUUUCCUCCAAUCCCAAAACUCCACCUGAAACAGUAGCUUCUCUUCUCUACGGAGCUGCUGCUGGAGCUCCCAGAUUUCGCAAAUGCCUUUAUCUCCUCUUCCCGCAGCUCUCUGAAGCGCUAAAAGAGGGGGAAGGGGAAGGCACUUUCCUCUUUUCUGCUAUUUGGCCGUUUUUUUCUGACCCACUGUCAUUUGGACAGUCGAUAACAACACCUGGGAACAUGGUGCUAUUCAUCGAUACAUCUAGGAAACCAGGAAAUAUGACAGGUUUUUCUCGAGGUUGGACCAAUGAUAUCCCUUUCCAGACUGAGGCCAAAUCGAGAAUCCUUUUCUGAACGAAGUUAUCAAAUCCAAAUCCCAUUAGCUCGCCACAGUCUCUAUUCCGUGAAGAAUAUAUUGAUACUUACCACAAUUGCCAGAACAGCUUAAAUUUCCCAAGUAGUUUUCUCUUUCCUGCAAUGUGCCCUGCUCUCUUCCAUCCAAUGAUGAUCUUGUUGAUGAAUAACUCUUCAGCCUUACUUGCUUGGCGUUCUGACAGAAUAUAUUCCAUUGUCUACAAAUGACCCGUAAAAUUAAGAAAAGAUGUUCCGAGAUUUGAUGCCAUCAUAAUACAUCUCUCUUUCACAUAUCCUGCCUAAAAAUUCUGAUAUAAUUGUCUAAUCCUCAACGAAACCCAAUGUUAUGAAGAAAUUUGGUAGCCUCUUGUCUCUUCAAACGUUAAAUGUUGUUUCCAAUUAAGACCGGCAUUGGGGUGGCGUAGUAUUAGAGAUAUUUGAUUCAAACAAUAUGCUGAUUUCUUUCGACACCUCGUUUCACAUACGAGUAUGUCCCCUUAUCACCUCUACUAUCCAUAGUCUUGUGAAUUUAUCUUUAGCUCGUCAACCUCUUGCCAUGUCAUAAGUUAAUAUCUGCCGGACCAUCUCCAUAGUUAUUGUUCAUUUGUUAUUCUAGAAUUCAGAGGUCUAUCAAAAAAUCCUUCAAUGAUGAUUUGGGUUACAUGGCGACCCUUUUGCUUCAGUAUGCUCUGUGAUUCUCACAAAAAUCAGUUUGCUAGUACAUUCCGGAAUUGGAUGCUUCCUUGUGGCAAAUUCGUUAGUUUCUUUUCACAAAAGUUUUCUUGAUCAGUGCAGGAGAGGGGAUUGUCAUCUACGCUUGUGACUGUAGCCCAGAUGCUCUUGAAGUGGCAAAGGCAACGGUAGAAAAUGCUGAUGAUAUCCCAAGAAAAGACAGAUUCCGCGCAUUUUUGCUAGAUUUUUCUUUGUGCGGAUUUCCAAGAUGGUUAUUCUGCGAUUCCUGUCAAGCAUCUUCAAUAAGAAGUCCGACAAACUGCUCCUCAGGUUUUCCAUAUUUCCUUUGCUAGCGUCAAUCUAAUCUCAUUAAAAAAAAAAAAAUUACAAAAAAGCUCCGGGUUGUGCUUGCCAACCAUGGUGCUUGCUUUGAAACCUGCAUCCUGUCAUCCUCUUUUUAUCAGAAAUUCCUGUUUAGCUCACUCUUAUUAUGUUUUCCUGUACUAAAAAAUCUAAAAAAUCUCUGUUUAGACCAUAAUAAGUUAGAAAAACUAAAAAAAAUCUAGGAAUCAUUUGUUGCUAAUUUGACGGGUUUACUGGAUUUGGUCUUCCUUCACCAGAAAUUCUUUUGCUGCGUGCAGAUGUUGUCUCAGAUGCCGCAAGCAAUUCGGGUAUAUCGACUUUUCACUGCUUCACUCUUUUUUCCUACAGAUGUCAAAGGUGAUUUAUAUACAACAGAUCAUUCUCCUUAUCUGGAGGGCCGGUGUUGCAUUGGAGGAGUAGACUUCGUUACCCUGGUGAGCAUAGCACAUGCGCUUGCGUUGAGUGAUACCAAUCGAGUGAUGACUAAGCACCCGUUAUUUCCCCAAAAUAAACAUAUAUUUACCUUUUCAACGGAUUGAUCCGCGGAUUCACAGGAAAAACAAUAACUCAAAGUUAUGAUAUUCCGCUCUGGUUUCUAUAUCUUUUCGUGUUUACAUCUCAUGCACAGGUGUUCACCCUAUCAGCUGUGCCAUUUCAAAGGAUGCCGUUUACCCUCGCAGAGUGCAUCUCUGUUCUUAAGCCAGGGGGCUUGCUCUUGUUCCGAGACUACGGUAAUCACCAGAGAAUUUGGUUUCGAGCUGAUCAUCUGUCUAAUUAGUCAUCGUCUUUUUCUCAAAUUUCUGACUGUUGCAGAGCAAUUUGAGUUGAUAUUUGUAUUCAUAACACUCGAACAUAUUCGCUUGCUGUUUAUCAACCUCAGGCCUCUAUGACAUGACCAUGCUCCGGUUUCCGCCAGAACAGAGAGCAGGAUUCCGGGAGUACACGAGAUCUGAUGGCACACUAUCAUACUUCUUUUCGCUGGACAUUGUCCGGCGUCUCUUCUGUGGCGCAGGUUUCAUCGAGGUAUGGCGUCAGUGUUAUUGCCUUAAUCGAUUCAAGGUGACGUAGUUACUUCCGAGGUUCCCUUGAAUGAUCAUCCUACUGAUUCUCUGCCGGCUUCUUUGCCGGUGAUUUGUAUGGAUUAUGCUGGAGAUUAUGGCUGAUUCUACGUGUUAAUUACUUCUUCAACGAUCUUCAGCUGGAGCUGGAAUAUUGCUGCGUGCGAUCAGAGAACCGUCGCAAUGGGAAGAUCAUGCGCAGAGUUUGGGUUCAUGGAAAGUUUCAGAAGCCUCGUUGA